UGACUUUUGUUUCGGGUUGCUUUUUUUAUACACUAACAAACAAUGAAUAUUCUGAAAUUAAAGAAAUGCUGUUGUUGUUGCGUCGAUUUGCGCUGUGGCUGUGUCAUAAUCUAUGUGAUCGAGUUUUUUUUUGCUGUCUGCGGUCUUUGCCUGGGUGAAUGGUCUGAAAAUAAUCACUUUUGGAUAGUGUUACGCAUCGGUUAUAUGACGCACCUUAUUGGCACCGUUUUCCUGCUCAUGGGCAUCAUUUUAAAAUCACCUAGCUUUUUCAUGGUUUAUUUGGUAACCAAUGGCAUACACGUUUUUACCAGCACCACAUACCUCAUUCUCUGGGCUUUACGAUGUGUUCGAUGUAUCUAUGUUGUUACAUUGUCAACUUUUGGAAUUUUGUGUAGCAUUUACUUUUGGUUAAUUGUCUAUUCAUUACGACUCAAAUGUAAAUGGGAACAGUCAAUAGACUAUGAUGGUUCGGCUUUCUAAGUGUAUAUAUAUUACAUAUAUUAAGCUCAUCUUCUUGGUUAAAAAGUUUUUUUAAUCCAAAAUUCCAAAUUUCUCACAUCUUAUGAGCAAGCAUCCUGAAUAUAUCAUUAUUUACAAAAU